AUGUCAUUUACGAAACACAGCUCUUCGAGAGGUCUAAGAUCUCUCAAACACACAGGAGACUUCCAUCGAGUAACCCAAUAUACUCCACUUGAUAUGACUGCAGAUACUCAAUUACCGUCUGAUAUCUGUCCGACAUUACACAAAUGGCAACUUCAUCCGGCAAAUCACACAGUAUAUACAGAUGAUGAUCAAGUACACGUCACCUUGAGUCCAUCGGUUGGUGGUCGAGGUACCACCCUACCUGAAAUAUCAGAGAUGACAAUCAAUCUACGUGAUUUGAACAAGUACAAAACUUCCAUUUCUAAUCACCUGGAAAACUCGCAAGGCCCAAUCGAUCUAUCUGACUACUCCAAAGUUCCUCAGCAAGUCACCGUCGAUGUAUGUCCCUUUGUCGGAUAUUCUAGGAUAUCCCAUGCGCCUCUUAACGUAGGGCAAGACGAGAGAUACGAAGGGACUUUCUCAGUGUAUUCUGGACAAGCUACUAUAGAAGAUAGACAUCGAUCAUUGAUUUCUUACUAUUCUGCUAUUGUCGAUUCACUCCAUCAAGCUGUGCUAGAUAAGGGGCUGCCAACGAUGAUCAAAGAGGCGAAUUGUAAAUUCUCUAAGCCUCCGGGAUCCGACAUUCGUUUGAGCCUGAUCAGUAGUGAGGUAGAUGUCAAGUUGACAAUGUAUGAUGAACGAGGCAGAGGAUAUACUAAGGAUGUAACGAUGAAGAUCAGUGGGUUCAAUAGGUAUAACACGAGAUUACCAUCGAGAGUAGGUAGGGAUCCUGAAGUGUUCAGCUGGACGACAGUACCGUUUAAACCUCAGGGCAAUUCAGUCAGCUGGAAUGUAUCUUGUUAG